AUCAGACUAAGGCUGAAUUUUGUUCAGAAAAUACAGAUUUGGCUAUUAUUUCUAGAGGUCUUACUAAUAAAGAAAAUUUAAAUGAAAAUUUAAAUAAUAAUAAGUCUGCUAAUGGUAGUGCAGAAGAGGUAUCUAAUGAUAAUGAAGAAUUGAUGUUUAAUAAUGAUGAAAAGAUGGUGUUUAAUGAUAAUAAAAAAGCAAGUAAUCAAAUUUCUUUGUUAUAA